GAGGCGGCAAAGGCAAACCGGCUGCCGAGACAGCUCGAGGAGCGCUGAGGACUUCGAGCUGGGACAGCGGUCAUGGACCACAUCACGGUGACGAAGGUAGAAAAUGUGACAUUAUUGGAUCAUUUUGCGGGUAAGACACUAUCUAAUGGGAUUCUUUACCUUACUGCAACUCACCUGAUCUAUGUGGAGGCUUCUGAUGCAGCACGGCAAGAAACAUGGAUUGCAGUGCAUCACAUUGCCACUGUGGAGAAGUUACCUUUAACUAGCGAAGGCUGUCCCCUGAUUGUGCGCUGCAAGAACUUCCUGGUGGCCCACUUUAUUUUAGACUCUGACACAAUUUGCCAGGAGGUUUAUAUUUCACUGCUCAAGCUUUCUCAGACAGUAUUAUUUGAAGAUCUGUAUGCUUUUUUUUAUAAUCCCAAAUCUACAAAAGAGAUGAGGGAAAAUGGAUGGAAGCUGAUUGACCCAAUAUCAGAUUUUGGGCGUAUGGGAAUACCCAACAGGUACUGGACCAUAACAGAUGCCAACAGAAACUAUGAGAUAUGCAGUACUUACCCUCCUGAAAUAGUGGUUCCUAAGUCUGUAACCUUGGGAACGUUGGUUGGAAGUUCGAAGUUCAGAAGUAAAGAACGGUUACCUGUGCUCUGCUACCUCUACAAAGAGAAUAAUGCUUCCAUUUGCCGCUGUAGCCAGCCUCUGUGUGGGUUUUACACUCGCUGCGAAGAUGACGAGCGCUUGCUAGAGGCUAUUGGACAAACAAACCCAGGGAGCCAGUUUAUGUAUAUUAUAGACACAAGACCGAGGUUGAAUGCCUUGGCCAACCGAAUAGCUGGGAAGGGGUAUGAAAACGAAGACUACUAUGCCAACACUCGCUUCAGGUUCAUGGGCAUUGAGAACAUCCAUGUGAUGCGGAGCAGCCUGCAGAAACUCGUGGAAGUUUGUGAAUCGAAAACUCCAACAGUGACUGAAUUUCUUAGCGGCCUGGACAGCUCAGGGUGGUUGACACACAUUAAAGCUAUUAUGGAUGUUGGAACUUUCAUUGCAAAGGCUGUAAAGGUAGAAAAAGCCAGUGUCUUAGUCCACUGUUCUGAUGGGUGGGACCGCACAGCACAAGUCUGCUCUUUGGCCAGCAUCCUCCUAGAUCCAUUUUAUAGGACAUUCAAUGGUCUCAUGAUCCUGAUUGAGAAGGAAUGGAUAUCCAUGGGCCACAAGUUCUCCCAAAGGUGUGGCCAUCUGCAUGGGGACUCUAAAGAAGUCUCCCCUGUCUUCACCCAGUUCCUAGACUGUAUCUGGCAAUUAAUGGAACAAUUUCCUUGUGCCUUUGAGUUUAAUGAAAUCUUCCUGCUGGAGAUCCAUGACCAUGUUUUUUCCUGCCAGUUUGGGAACUUCCUUGGAAACUGCCAGAAGGAUCGGGAAGAUAUGAGAGUCUAUGAGAAAACACAUUGUGUGUGGCCUUUCUUGGCUCAGAAGAAACCAGACUUCAAGAACCCUCUCUACAAAGGCUUAAAUAUGUAUGAGGUGCUUGAUCCUAGCACUUUGCCCUGCAACAUUCAGUUCUGGUGUGGAAUGUAUAAUCGCUUUGACAAAGCGCUACAUCCCCAGCAAAGUAUGAUAGAGAGCCUCCUGGAAAUUGAGAAGCAGAAAAUGCUGCAGAAAUUGAAAGCUCUCGAUGAGCCACCAGAAGAACUCUUUACCAGCUGUCACUUUGGGGAUUUAUUAUCUCAGCAUCCGGAAAGUCCUUUGACCAAUCCUCUUGAUUUUAUGGGAGACCUGCAUGCUUUGUCCAGGGAAGGAGGCCUCCAAGCUCAGAAGGACCAAGCAAAAUGCCAGUGUGGCGACUGCCCGUAUGAACGAUUUGAGAUUAUAGGCAGCUUUAGGGCCAUAAGCAUUUCUGAGAAUGUGGGCUUCUCUGGAGAUCCAGGCAUUUCUGAGGCCAUGGGUGCCUCUGAGGCCAUAGGCAUCUCCAAGGCUAGCAGUGAGGAGGCAAGCUGCUCCCAGCAACAGUAAGCUACUUAUCUGCUUCUGUGCUGGGUGCACCUGUAGCACCCACGAUAAUCCUUGUGCCAAAGAACGUUAUGCUGCUUUUAUAAUUGGUUUACAUGGGCAGGGCCUGGGCACCCCUCCUCCCACUUAAGAAUCUGGAAGGGGAUUUAGGGCGUUUACUAAUUCAGCAACCAGUAUAUAUGCGUGUCAAGCUGGCCUGGAAUGUAGGCAAGAGAGAAUAUCUUAUUGUUCUAGAAUGGGAUUUAACUUUAGAGAUGUUGCCUUUGAACUGAGAUAUUAGACUGGUUCCAUUAUUCCAUUUUCCUUCCCUACUUCCCCCCCUCCUCACUGCUGUAACAUUAGAAUGAAGUGGGAAUGUUGUCAUAGGUGGCGAAUUAAGAUCCUGCUGAGGGAGGGGCUGGAGAGAUGGUGUGUAACAGAUAACUGAAUUACAGAGUGGUUUAAAAGAAAAUUUCACUUUUGUGUAUGUUUACUCAUAGGAUGUAAGCUAUUGUUAUUGCCAAUAAAGACCCUGACAUUUGUCUGAGAAAUAAAUCAGAAUGUUCCUUAACUGUUAA